AUGGGAAAAGAAUGCUACAGAAUUUACAGGCAUCUCGACAUAUCAGAACAAGACCGCAAGAAAACAAAAACAAUACUUGAAGCCAUGCGGAAGCACUUUGAACCACAAGUAAACGUGAUUUAUGAGAGAUACAUCUUUAACACAACUGAGCAAAAGCAAGGAGAAACAUUAGAUCAAUAUGUUACAAAGCUUAGACAAUUGGCUGACUCAUGUGAGUUUGGCAGCCUCACAGAUGACAUGAUCAGAGACAGGUUAGUCUUGGGAAUCGACGACAACCCAACAAGAGCAAGGAUGCUUAGAGAACCAAAGCUAGACCUCAAGAAAGCAAUAAGCAUGUGCAGAGCCAGUGAAGUUGCACAACAGCAACUCAAGAAAAUAGAAUCCGAAGGAACAAAAGAAAACGUUCACUACAGUUCAAGAAAGCCAGAAAAGCCAAGGAAAUUUGACAGUAAAAAACCAAAUGCUUCGAAAUGCAAAUAUUGUGGAGGUAACCACGCUAGAGACAAAACAGCAUGCCCAGCAUAUGGAAAGAAAUGCAGCAAGUGUGACAAGAUGAACCAUUUUGCAAAAGUCUGUAAACAAACAUCACGGAGCUACUCGAAGAAAACAGACAACAGAGCCUCAGAAAGAAAACCUGGAAGACGACGAGUGCAUUUAGUUGGCGAAGACAACAGCGACUCUGAGGAUGACACAUAUUCUGAAGAUUCAGCUUUCAAGGUUACACACAGCAUUGGGUCAGUACAGUCCUUAGGCAAACAAUGGUUUGUCAACAUGAAAAUGAAACUUGCAGAGCAGAAAAACGUAACCGAAAUGAAAUGCCAAAUAGACACCGGCUCAACAUGCAACCUUAUAAGCUACAAGGACUUUUGCGCCAUUGCUCAAUAUGGAGAUCCACCAAUGCAAAAGAGUAAUUCAAAACUGACUCUCUAUGAUGGAUCCCGAAUGAAACCCCUUGGUCAAGCAAUAGUGAAUUGUGAGCAAAAUGGAAAGCAGUAUAAGCUAGAAUUCCAAAUUGUUGAUGUCAAACAAUAUCCUCUAUUGUCGGCAGAAGCUUGUGAUAAGAUGAAAAUCAUACAGCUGAGUGAAAAUGUCCAUUCAGUGACUGGAAAAGAAAAACACAAAGAGCUGACAAAAGAAUAUAUACUGGCCGAGUAUAAAGACGUCUUCACUGGUCUAGGUUGUUUACCAGGAGAGUAUCACCUGGAAAUUGACAAAUCCGUCACUCCUUUGCAACACUCACCUCGGAGAGUAGCCGCCCCUCUGAAAAGAGCACUUAAGGAUAAGAUACAGGAAUUGGAGAAACUGGGUGUCAUCGCUAAAGUGACACAGCCGACAGAAUGGAUAAGCAGCAUGGUUGCAGUGAAGAAACCGAAUAAGCUUAGAAUAUGUAUAGAUCCCAAAGAUCUAAACAAAGCACUGAAGCGCUCUCAUUAUCCAAUGCCAACCAUCGAAGAAAUCCUACCACGCCUCAGCAAGGCUAAGGUAUUUUCUGUCCUUGAUGCUAAAGACGGAUUUUGGCAAAUAAAACUAGACAAGGAAAGAAGCUUCCUUACGACGUUUUGGACGCCAUUUGGAAGGUACAGACGGAUCCGCAUGCCCUUUGGAAUAUCUACAGCACCAGAAGAGUAUCAGCGAAGACAACAUUAUGCUCUCAAUGGACUCAAAGGAGUAGAUGUCAUAGUCGAUGACAUACUUGUUUUCGGAUGUGGAGACUCUGAAGAAGAGGCCAAAAGAAGCAAAAGAGUAUUGGACUUACAGAGAAGAAAUUACUAUUCAGAACGGCCUAGUUUUCAAAGGUUGCAGAAUUAUUAUUCCAAAACUACUUAG